UAAUUUUAUUUACUCCACCUGCAGAGCUGUCCCAGCCCAGGGAGGAGCUGGAGCUGCUGCAGAGCCCAGAGGAGCAGCAGGAUGAGCAGAGGGAUGGAGCAGCUCUGCUGGGAGGAAAGGCUGGCACAGCUGGGAUUGUUCACCUGCACAGGAGAAGCUUUGGGCUGAGCUCAGGGUGGCCUUGAAGGGCCUGAAGGAGCUGCAGGAAACAUGGAGAGAGACAAUUGCCAAGGGCUGGAGGGACAGACACAGGGAAUGGCUUCAGAGUAGGGUUUGAUGGGAUAUUGGGAAUUAGGACUUUUUCCCUGGGAGAUGCUGGGAUGGAAUUCCCAGAGCAGCUGUGGCUGCCCCUGGAUCCCUGGAAUGUUCAGUUCCAGGUUGGACACUGGGGCUGGAGCAGCCUGGGACAGUGGGAGGUGUCCCCAUGGCAGGGGUGGCUCUGGAUGGGAUUUAAUGUCCCUUCACACCCAAAUAAUUCUGGGAUUCUUUCUACAGAAGAGCCACACUGAGGGUGCUGAGCUGUCACUGAAGGCUGGAUUUGGACAUGGAUUCCUCAGGAAGCUGCUGCCUGCUCCCUCGGUUUGUUUGUGGGAUCUGUGUUGCCAGGCAGAGGAGCAGCUCCUGCCUGCACCAACAGGAGCUUUUUCUGGUCACGAGGCUCCAGUUCCUAGAAAUGAGUAACUGAAGUACCUUGGAAAAAGUUUCCCAAGAAAAACAGAUUGUGAAAGUGAUGGGAAAAAAAAAAAACUACAUGCUCUGAAGCAGCUGUGCUGUCCAAGCUUUUAUUUUUCUCUUUUGAGUUCUCCUUGUAUGGGGCAAAAACCAAAACAAAAAAAAUCCCUCUCUAUCUGUGCCACGCUAAUUAAUGACAGCAAUUAGCUGAGUCCUGCCAGCAAUAUCCAGUGAUCCCAGUUAAAUGCUCCUUUCAUUUUACAGUGACCACUUUCCCUCUCUUCCCUGAAAUGUGCGACAUUUGAUAUCUCACUUUUUUCCCCAAAAACAGGAGCAUGCAGGGGGCUUUCCAAGUUUUCCAUAAGCACUGCCGGAGGAAAGGACAGGGAUGGGUUUCAGUACUGAAGGAGGAAGAGGACAGAACCAUCUGCCAGGUACCCCCACCACUGACAGGGCUCUGUUUAUUUUAAUGCUGUUAAUCUGAAGAAAAUCCACUUCUAGUGAAUAAUGUGCUAAGAAUGAGGUGAAAAUAAUGAUUUAGGGAAUCAAUAAAAUUCAGAACUCGACCCCUGCUUUAGAGAUUUCCUUCAGGACUUGCAGUUCCGCCGAUGGACAAUUCCUGGUUCCGCUGAAAUCACAGGAAUUCCGUCUGAGGCCACACCUGGCAGAGAUGGAAGCGUUUCCCUCAGCGCUGGACACUUCCACACCGAGCGUUUCCGUGCUCCGGGUUUUUAAGGAGAAAUUCCUCCCUGCGGACUUUGCGAGCAUUGCCUUCCUGAAUUUAUCGGACACGUGCGGGGAACUCUGGGGACCGAGGCGGGGCCGUGUUUGGAAAUUCAGAGCCUGGAAUUAGAUCAGAAACAAGGUCGCUCCUCAUUUAUAUCGCUGCUUGUGGCUGUACAAUGUCGUAAGAGGGAUAACUCAGGACAGCGAGGCCUUUCCCGGGCUCCCAUUGUCACCGCCCUGCUCCGUGCGCGGCCCCUCAGUCGCGACAAGCGACAUUCGCGGGCCGCGAGAGGCGGUGACGGCCCCGCCUACAGCUCCCAUCAGCCCACGCGCUGCCCCGUCCCGCAGCGGGCUUUGCCGGCGCGCAAAGCACGCCGGGUUUUGUAGUUCUCCGCGGGUGACGGAGUUGCGUCACUCACCCCGGCCGCACGUUCCUAUGACAACCGGGGCAGUGGGCGGGGCUGCGCGGGAAGCGGCGUCAGCGGCUGGGAAGUGACGGCAGCGAGGACCCGGAUGUGGAGGGGGCGGGGCUCCCGCGCACCUCCCGGGUCACGUGAGGCGGUGUCACGUGACGGCGCGAUGGGGACGACGCUGGACGUGCGGGUGAAGCGCGCCGGGAAGGUUUAUCGCGAUGGGGAAGUUCUCUCUGGAGUGGUGGUCAUAACCAGCAAGGACACAGUGCAGCACCAAGGGAUCUCAUUAACCAUGGAGGGCUCAGUAAAUCUGCAGCUCAGUGCCAAAAAUGUGGGGGUGUUUGAGGCCUUCUGCAACACUGCCAAGCCUAUUCAGAUUAUCAACAGCACCAUUGAAAUGGUGAAACCUGGGAAGCUCCCCAGUGGCAAGACAGAAAUUCCCUUUGAAUUCCCACUGCAGAUGAAGGGCAACAAAGUUCUGUACGAGACAUAUCACGGAGUCUUUGUCAAUAUCCAGUACACCCUGCGCUGUGACAUGAGACGCUCCCUGCUGGCAAAGGACCUGACCAAGACCUGUGAGUUCAUUGUCCACUCCCUGUCACAGAAAGGGAAGCUGCUGCCAAGCCCUGUGGACUUCACCAUUACUCCUGAAACUCUGCAAAAUGUUAAAGAGAGAGCCUCCCUUCCCAAAUUCCUGAUCAGAGGGCACCUGAACUCCACCAACUGUGUGAUCACUCAGCCCCUGACAGGGGAGCUGGUGGUGGAGAGCGCCGAGGCGGCCGUCAAGAGCAUCGAGCUGCAGCUCGUGCGCGUGGAGACCUGUGGGUGUGCUGAGGGCUAUGCCAGGGAUGCCACAGAGAUCCAGAACAUCCAGAUCGCCGACGGCGACGUCUGCAGGGGCCUCCCCAUCCCCAUCCACAUGGUGUUCCCCAGGCUCUUCACCUGCCCCACCCUGGAAACAACCAACUUCAAAGUGGAAUUUGAAGUGAAUAUCGUGGUCCUUCUGCAGGACGACCAUCUCAUCACAGAGAACUUCCCCCUGAAGCUCUGCAGGAUGUGAACACCCCCUGGAGAAGCAGGGAAGGGUUUUCUGGGAAUUCCUCAGAGGGAAAGUGGAACUUUAUCCAUGACUUCAGCUGGAGCCACCUCAAUUCCUUCUUCCUGUGGCCACUUUUUGUGCUUUCACUUCCCUGUUAUCCUGGCCAGGGCUUUGCCUCUCUGGCUUUCCCAAUCCUGCUGCCUUCAGCAAAACCAUUCCAAUUUUUUCUCAGGCAGAUCCUGAAGGAAACAUUCUGUAGUUUCUACAGCUUGUAGAAGUGUGUAGCAAGUUCCUCUCUUGAUUUAAUUUUGUAAUACUUGUUCCAAAGUCCUUUGAAAACUCCUUAAAAGUCAUAAAUCCCAUUACAGCCAUACUGGGAGAGUAUGGGAAUUGUGAUAGAAGUGAGGUCUUGGAAGGCCUAAAAAAUGGUGCUACAACUCUGGGAGGUGCUGUGGGAUCUGUCCCAAGCACCAUGAGUGAAUGAAUGAUUUCAAAUCACACCAAGGAAAUUCUGGUCAAGUUGGGAACAGGAAUUGGUGUUGGAGGAAGAAAUUAAUGUUUGUGACUGUACAGCUCAAAGGAAAAGUAAUUCAGUAAGAAAUAACCUUCCAACACAAACAGGUUGUGGAUUUUGAUGUUGUUUUAAUGGAACAGCCACAACUUGUGGAUUUUCCAUUAAUUUUCCAUGUGGGGUAGAGGCAAGCUCAGUCUGUAUUAUGGAAAUUGGAAGUGUAAAGAUGAGCACCUAGAAAGGCAGAAUUAAGAAAACUAAGAAAAAUAAUUUCCUUAUCCAGCAGCAUUGCCAAGGAGGAGAAUGUAAUUCCAGUUUGGGAAGAAAAAGCUGAAAUUUUCAUUUCAGUGUCUGGGAAGGGGGAGGAAAAUGCUAUUUACUGAAACUUGGCACUUUACCCUGAGACCAGGGAUGGUUCAGGGGAAUUUGGGGAAAAGCUGCAUCCCCCAAAAAAUAUUGAAAGCUGAAAAGGAUUCCAAUACUGGCAUUUUUAAGCAUUAAUUCUACAGCACAGAGUAAUUACUCAGCCCUAGCUUGGACUGAGCAGAAAUACAACACAAAAACAACA